AUUCAUUGCAAGAAUAACCCGUUUUGUUUUAAGCAGAUAUUUCGUCAUCUUCUAAACUUUACAUGUACUUGAAAGAAAAAACAAUGGUGUAGGUUUGUAGAUGACUGCAAGGCCUAUAAACAAAGAUUGAACAGACAGCCGUUGCUGGAGAGACCUUCCAACAGACCCAUCGGGUUUUUCGAAAAGAUGCAGCCUCCUCCACCACCUCCACCAUUAUUUCUGACCCACAAGAACUCUCAUGGGUUGAGGAAAAACGUGCUACCGCCAAGACAGAGUUUGGACGACGUUCCGAUAGCAGAAGACAGAAUUAUGAACGAGGGGCCUAGAAAACCGAUCUUGGGGCAAGAUCCUUUCGGGUUUUACAAAGGGCCACCUCAAGUGAGGAUCGCGAACAGAAGAAAUGGGGAUGAUGACGUGGAGGUGGAAACUCUGCAGAUGAUCCAGUCGAAAAAAGUUGAGAAGCUGGAAGAUGGCGGAUUGGUGACGGAGGUAGUACAAGUUUGCGCUGGUCAGCCCCUAGCCUCCAAAGCACCGAUACAUUAUGACACCGUGUGUUUCUUUCUUGGUGAAGACGAAAGGAAGAUUAUUCAACUCUGCAGCCUGUUUCAACCACUCAAGAUCUACUACUAUCCCCAGACAAUCGGUUACGACGUACCUGAAUGGAGUGGAUGGUAGAACCUUUGGCUUCAACCAACUUCGUGGGACAUUAGACUACUGCCUAGUCUUUACAGGAUAGUAUAGGUACAUAAAUCAAUUUCUACAUUUUUCAUGUUUUACCUUCAAGUUUUUCAUUUACAUCAUAAUGGGGAAUGUUCCC